UGCUUUUUCGCAGGAAGAGGUACGAAGAUAUAUAUAAAAGGCACGUGGUUCGGAGGUUGAACCAUUGCAAAAGAUCUGCCCUGCUUACUGAAGUGAAGCGUGAACGCACUUGAUAUUUUCGACAUGUCUUGGUUGAAGUUCACAAUCGGAGUUUUUCUUGUUGGAGUAGCAACAGUCACUGGUACACAGAACCAGCUCCCGGACGGGGUCGAUAGCUUCAGGAUGAUAGGCGCCUUUCCUAAUGUUGUCGCCGUAUACACUUCGACAAAUGAUUCUUCCUUCAAAUGUCUGAGUGCCACACGUACAAACUAUGACUCUGAAGCCAAGACGGCUAGCUAUGUGUGGCCACUCAGAGGUCAUGGAGGUACCGAAAGGAGAAAUGUCACAUUCAUCAUAACGCCCGGAGAAGUUCGAAAUCAGACAAAAUAUUUUGUUGACGACGACAACAGUCGGGUGUACACAGGAUACCACCACUACACUGACUACCAAAACUGCAUGGUUAUGACGAUCAAAUAUCGGGACCACGAUCACUGUCUGCUGUGGGUCAAGAGAUCCGUGGCUCAUGCUGUUCCUCAAAACUGCCUGGACCACUACGAAGCUAAGUGUUAUGUCAGAGUUCCUACGUUCGACAAUGAUCUCUGCCGCGACGAUGAAUGAAAGGGAACUAAACAUUAACGAAUACAUAAAUUCACGCUGCAGACAUCAAAAUUAUCAAAAGUUUAACGAGGGUGCCAACUAAAGAAAUUUUGUCUUUCGAUGCCUUGACGUGUUCUAGCAUCAAAAAAUUGUGAAAAGGUUUCAAGAGGUGCUUUCAGCAAAACAAGAACAACAAUAAAGUCAGUUUUGUCUGUUUCCCUCUUGAA